GAGGGCUCUGGGCGGGCAUUUCCCAAGGGCUCCCCGGAUUGCACCAUCACCCUGUCCUCACCCCCACCACACAACAUUCUCACUGCCACCUCCCACUCAGUGCGCCAAAGGUCCCUGCCUUGUGGUCUUCGGCCACAAGUUCUCUCUAACUCUGUUUCCUCCUCCUCAUCAUGGCACUGCCUUGGGUUCUGGCAAUCCUGAGCCUCCUUCCUCAGAUGGGUGCCAAGAACCCUGAGUGUGACAACCUGAUAGGGAUACCCAUCUCCAACACCACUCUGGACCAGCUUUCUGGCAAGUGGUUCUAUUUGGGUUCAGCCUUCCGCCAUCUUGAAUUCAUUGAAUGGGCUAAAAAGGUCCACUCGGCCUUUAUAUACUUCACCCCUAACAAGACAGAGGACACGGUCCACUUCAGAGAGUACCAAACCUUCGAGGACAAGUGCCUCUAUAACUCCAGCUACAUGUUCGUCCAGCGGGAGAAUGGGACCUUGUCCAGGAAUGGUGAGGGUUGUGUGUACAGAUCUGGCCCAUCUUCAGGGUCGUGGGGUGUGGGUGGAAGUGAAGGUGCUUUGAGGGUUUUGGGCACUGAGAGCAGGAGACAGUACUAUGAGCUGCUCUAUUCUCAGUGUGAGACCCCUGAGCCCCACCCCACAUCUCACCCAGAGGGUCUGUUUCUUCCAGUGAUGGGUGUCUACUACUUUGCCAAUGUGCUGCCCACCAAGGACCCCGGAAUCCAAAUUUUUGCUUAUUACCCAGAAAACCAAGAGAAGAUGGGACUGUCCCUUUAUGCCAACACGACAAAAGUGACCCCGGAGCAGAUGAGCGAGUUCCAUGGAGCCAUUGCGUGCCUGGGCUUGGAUGUGUCGGAAAUUAUAAACACCGACGACACGGACCUUUGUGGGCCCCUGGAGAAGAAGCACGAGGAGGAGGAGAAGAAGAAGAAAACCGAAGGGACCACAGAGGAGCCAGCAUUGGAUUAGAGCUCUGGAAU